AUGCUGAGGGAGGCAAGGGAGGUGUUUGACCGGAUGCUGGAGAGGAACGUGGUCAUCUGGACGGUCAUGGUGAAGGCCUACACCGACCACGGUCAUCUUCAGGAGGCCGCGGAGCUGUUCGACAGGAUGCCCCAGAGGAACCCGUAUUCUUGGAGCGCCAUGAUCUCCGGUUUCCUCCGUGCUGGGAAAGUGGACGAGGCGGUUCGGCUGUUCGAGAGGAUGCCGGAUAGGAACGUGGUUUCUUGGACCACAAUGGUCACUGGCUUGGCACAGAACGGCCGCGUUUCGAUGGCGAGAGAGUUCUUCGACAGAAUGCCCAGAAACAAGGACAUUGCAGCGUGGAAUGCGAUGAUCACUGCUUAUGCCAACGCUGGCCAGAUGAACAAGGCUCAGAGAUUGUUCGAUUCUAUGCCCGCAAAGGACCUGGUGAGCUGGAGUGCCAUAAUCCAUGGCUAUGCCAAAAACAAGCACAAGGGCAAAGUCAUGCGUUUAUUUCUUCUCAUGCUCCGGUCAGCAGUAUCCCCUGACGGAACUACAUUGAUCAGUGUCUUGGUUGCAUCCGAGAGCACAGUUGAAGUUGGGCAAAUCCAUGGCUUCGCUACCACACGAGGUCUCCUGUCAGACACCUCCUUAGGAAACGCUCUGCUCACCAUGUAUUCAAGGAGCGGUGACCUGCACUCUGCCUGGCAAGUUUUCAACAUGUUACAAGAGAAGGAUCCCGUCACAUGGACAUCGAUGAUGCGGGCCUUCGCCAACCAUGGCCGUGCCUCCUACGCGCUGCAGGCCUGUGCUCAGAUGUUGCAACAUGGAUACAAGCCCAGCUCGACCACCUUCACCGCCGCGUUAUCAGCCUGCAGCCACGCCAGUGUCGUCGACAAAGGCCGUGCCUCCAGGGCGCAUUGCCGUGUAAGCGUCCAAGGUGGGAUGUGGGAGGAGAUGGCAGGGGCGUAUAAGGCCAUGAAGGGGAGCCAGGUGUGGAGGACACCCGGGGUUAGCCAGAUAAUGGUGGAUGCAAAGGACCCGCAUGUUCUUCUCAAGGAUCAGAUGCAUCCGCGGUGGGAAGCGAUGUACGAGAUGCUGGACGACACGCUUGUCCCCCAGAUGAUGAAGUAG